UUUGCGAUCCUCGUCUGUUUCUUCAUGGUCUUUCUCUGCAACGUCCAGUCCAUCAGGUACUACGCUCAUGUGAGUUUCCUCAUCACUGUUCCCGUCUCGAGAGGGAAGAGAGAGCACUGUGAGUACGUGUCUAGAAACCUGAACAGAGCUAGCUACUUCUGGUCUCUCGGAUUGCGAGCUUUCUACUUCUCCUUCCCGCUCUUCCUGUGGAACUUCGGUCCCAUCCCUAUGUUUGUGUGUUGCUGUAUGAUGUCGUCGAUUCUUUAUUUCUUGGAUACCACCACUAGCUUCACUAGGCAUCUCCAUAGCGAGUCGUUCAGAGAGAUUGUUGAGUCUAUGGACGGUGAAAUCGAAUCAGCCGUUCAUUCUCUGUAG